AUGGGCAGUGCCACCACGCUAAUCGAUCAGUCAGCCGAGGACUUCAUCAUGGUCGACGAUGGCCGUGAUCUCCCGAUCCGACCGCGCUCGACUGCACCCGAAGAUUCUCCUGCCGUCGAGGUGCAACCCCUCGUUGCCGACGAUGCCUUCCUCGUGUCAGUGCGGACCCCGAAACUCCCCAAGGGCGGCCUCCAACGCGCCUCCUGUGACAUCGUAUUGGUGAUCGAUGUUUCGGCCAGCAUGGACGCGGCGGCGCCGCUGCCAGAAGCCGAAAACGGAGCCGACAAAGAAGCGACCGGUCUCAGUGUUCUCGACCUGACCAAACACGCAGCGCGGACCGUGCUAGAAACGCUGGGCGAGGACGACCGACUGGGCAUCGUGACCUUUUCCAACGACGCCAAGGUGGUGCAAAACCUCGUGCGCAUGACCCCGGACGAGAAGAGCGCGACGUGGAAGCGCAUCGACCGUCUUCAAACCAAGUCCAGCACCAAUCUGUGGGCCGGCAUCCGCCGCGGGUGGGAGGUGUUUGAACAGGCCCGCCCGGCAGGAAAUGUCCAGGGGCUGUUUGUCCUGACGGACGGCCAGCCCAACCACAUGUGCCCGCCACAGGGGUACGUAGCCAAGCUGGGCCCCAUACUGACCAUGGCGGCGCCCAAGAGACGCGGCAUCCCGACCAUCCACACAUUCGGCUUUGGCUACCAUAUCAGGUCGGAGUUGAUGCAAUCCAUUGCCGAGGUUGGGCACGGGAACUACUCCUUCAUCCCUGACGCCGGCAUGAUCGGCACCGUGUUCGUCCACUCGGUGGCCAACUUGUUCACCACCCUGGGCACGUCGGCCACUCUCGAGUUGACGGUGACGGCCGCGAAGAUGACCCGCCUGCAAGCCACGGGAGGGCUGCCGGUUGAAACGGGCCGGAACGGGAUCACCCUGACCUUGGGCAGCAUCCAAUAUGGACAGUCCCGAGAUCUAGUGGUCGAGUGUCCCGGUAUUGCCAAGGACGCCGUUAUCCAUGCCCACCUCCGGUACAAGCUGCCUGGCGGACAGGUACAAGAUCGCCAGUCUCGGGCCUCCUUUGCCGACAAGACUACGCUCGAUGCCGCGGUCGUCGACUACCAUAAGAGUCGCGCCCAAGUCUGCGCUUUCCUGUCGUCCCUCUUCCCGAUCAAGGACAACGGCGAACACGGCCCGGUGCUGAACUACGACCAGGUCGCCCUGGCACGCACCCGUUUGGAUGCCCUCGUUGCAUCGAUUGAAACCCUACCGACGAAAGACGAUCCGGCCGUCCAGUCCCUGCUGGCGGAUCUGGCAGGCGACGAUCCGGCCGGUCAGGUUGCCAAGGCACUGCUCUGGACGCAUGAGCAAGGCUACUGGAUGAAAUGGGGCCGACACUAUCUUCCCAGCCUGCUCCACGCGCAUCAACGUCAGAUGUGCAACACAUUCAAGGACCCCGGCCCGCUGCGGUACGGCCAGGACAGUCCCCUGUUCGUCCACUGCCGUACCGAACUUGAUACGGCAUUCGACAAUCUGCCAGCCCCGAAACCCAGUCUCCCAGAAAAAGUGGUGCCUGUCUACAGUGCGACCGGGCAGGUGACUGGUACCACGACUCGAGCUUACCAGUCGGUGCGGAUGAGUAGCUACAACUCCCGCUCCGCACCAUGCUUCGAAGGCAACUCCCGGAUCGCCACUGCCGACGGGGCCGCGAUCCCGAUCAAGACGCUCACCGUCGGCACGUCGGUCUGGACGCCCAUGGGAGCCCGUGAGGUCGCUGCGGUGGUCAAGACACGGGUUCGCCGCCACGACGAGGUCCAGUUGUGCCGGGUCGGGGAGCUGUGGGUGACACCGUGGCAUCCGCUCCAGCACGAGGGCCGCUGGGUGUUUCCCAUGGAGAUCGCAGACGAUACCACCGCGUUUGAGGGCGACGUCUACUCGGUGCUGCUGACCCCGUCGCGCCACGUCGCGGCCCACGCCGUUGAGGUUAGCGGCCAGGUUUGUGUGACUCUGGGCCACGGUCUUCUCAGGCGCCGAGGUGACGUGCGAUCACAUCCAUUCUUGGGCCACUACCAACGAGUGGCGGCGAGUUUGUCUCGACUGCCCACGGACAAGCACGGACACGUGGAGAGUGGUGGCUUGCAGAGAAACGGGGUGACGGGCCUAGCUUGCGGGUUCAUGGCGCCCCAGGAAACCGAGUCCAUGUUGGGAGGGCCGACGAUGAAAGCAGUAUUGUGA